AGAAAUCCCGUAAGUUGGAUGUUCAUCAGAUGGCGGGACAUUUAUAAAUUUCAUCAGAGAUAUGGCGGGAACACAGCCUCGAUAGUUUCUCCUUAACGAAACUACAUAAAGAAAUACUCCUACACACAAAUACACAGCCAACUAGAAUUGCUCUCCAUAUCGUCAAUUUCGUCAGUUUCGCGUCUAUCGUAAGAUGGGGAAGAGAAAGAAAACUAGGGUUUCGGAAGAGGAAGAAAAUCAAGACGACUUCAACCCAUCUUCUUCUUCUUCAACCGAAAAGAGCUUGUACGAGGUGCUUGGCGUGGAAAAGACAGCAUCUCAACAAGAGAUAAAGAAAGCAUAUCAUAAGUUGGCAUUGCGAUUACAUCCGGAUAAGAAUCCUGGAGAUGAGGAGGCAAAAGAGAAGUUCCAGCAAUUGCAGAAGGUGGUAUCAAUUCUUGGUGAUGAGGAGAAAAGGGCACUCUAUGAUCAAACUGGUUGUGUUGAUGAUGCCGACCUUGCAGGAGAGGUGGUUAACAAUUUGAAGGAGUUUUUCCGAACUAUGUACAGAAAGAUCACUGAGGCUGAUAUUGAAGAGUUUGAAGCAAACUACAGAGGAUCUGAAUCAGAAAAAAAGGAUUUGAUUGACUUGUACAAGAAGUACAAGGGUAACAUGAACAGACUUUUCUGUUCGAUGCUCUGCUCGGAUCCUAAGCUGGAUUCACAUCGAUUCAAGGAUGUUCUUGACAAGGCUAUAGCUGCAGGAGAGCUGAAGUCACGGAAGGCAUAUCAGAAAUGGGCUGAGCAAGUAUCUGCAACAAAACCUCCUACUAGUCCUUUAAGACGCCGGAGGAAGUCGAAGAAAGAGUCGGAGGAUCUAUAUGCAAUUAUUUCUCAGCGUCGAGAUAAGAGGAGAGAGCAAUUUGAUUCAUUUUUCUCAUCGAUGGUGACAAAAUAUGGCAGAGGGGAAGCAGUUUCGGAACCAACUGAAGAAGAAUUCGAAGCUGCCCAAAAGAAGCUUGAAAGUGGGAAGACCUCCAAAAAAUCCCGCCGGAAGUAGUUUGAUAUCUAAAAAGGCAGUCUGAUUCUGUUCUGUUUUGUGUAAACCUUCGACUAGUCCGAAACUUGUGUCCUUAGUUUUCAACUUGAUGUUUAUAUUGCUGCACCAUUCUAUCAUUAAUUUUUGUUGUGUU